GAAUUUGUUUCUGCUAAGCGCCGGCGUGGAUCUGGUGCUGAAAAAGAAGAAAUCAGCUCAAAAUUGUUCGAACUUAUUACUCAUGUUGGAGAAAAGAGCAAUUCGUCACUUGAAUCUAAUUUGGAAAGUCUCGCACAAGUAUUGGAAACCGACUUAAAUACUUAUAAAGAUGACGUUAUAAAGAUUGUCUAUUAUUGUGUUAGUCAUAUGCCAUGCAAAUUAACCAUUUAUUCAACUUUGGUUGGAUUAUUGAACGCAAAGAAAUAUGAAUUUGGUGAAAAAUUACUUAUAAAAAUUUUAAAGAAAUUGGAAGAGCAUAUGAAUGCAAGUCAUUUUAGUAUUUGCCUAAAUCUUAUGACUUUUCUGGCAGAUCUCGUGAAUACUCGAGUUGUUACUCUUAGUUCGUUCGCUGAUUUUUUGGAAGAUUUAGUCCAAGAAGCUUUUGAAGAUAAUAUCCCUCAGGUUCGUAGUGAUUGGUUCAUAUAUGCAAUACUUCACUGUCUUCCAUGGGUCGGAAGAGAAAUGUUUGAAAGAAAAAAAGAUAUUUUGGAAAGUAUUCUUGAUGCUGUGGAAGGGCAUAUGAUGAAACGAAAUAAAAGCUAUGUUGAAAUGUUGAGAGUUUGGACUUCCUCAAUUCAUGAGCAAGAAGAUUAUUUGGAUUGUUUGUGGGCACAAAUAAUGAAAUUACGAAGCGAUGAUUGGACAGAGAGACAUAUAAUGCGACAUUACGUUGCUUUUGAUGGGCAAUUGGCUGAUGCUUUACAGCAUAAUUUACCUAAGUUCAUUCCUACUCCUCACUCGUCUAGUAACGUUUAUCCUUUGCCGCACGUUGUGUUUCGUCUUUUUGAUUAUGCAGAUUGUCCUGAACAGGGCCCACUUUUGCCUGGAGCGCAUUCAAUUGAAAGAUUUCUAAUGGAAGAAGAAAUAAAUUGGAUUAUUCUUGAAAACCAAGGAAAUCGAAAAGAAUGCGCUACAAAUUUAUUAGAUUAUCAUAAAAAAUCGACUGUGCCAUUAAAUUAUGUGAUAUUGGAAGUAAUAUUUUCACAGUUAUUUCGAAUACCUGACUCUCCUAUUCGUCCUAUUUUCUAUGGUAGCUUAUUGAUAGAACUAUGUAAAACAAAAACGAUGCCACAGGUAAUAGCUCAAGCAGCAGAGCUUCUGUACCAGCGAAUCGAUACAAUGCAGUUAAUCUGCAUAGACCGAUUGGUCGAUUGGUUCAGCUACCAUAUGUCUAAUUUUGAAUAUCGGUGGUCGUGGAACGAUUGGAGUAGUUGCAUCGAGAUGGACCAUUUAGCACCACGGCAUAUUUUUGUUCGCGAGGUACUGGAAAAAUGUGUUCGUUUAUCUUAUCGUCAACGAAUUCUUGAGGUGCUACCUAUUGGUUUUGAAAAAAUGGUGCCUGAAAAAAUUUCAAUUUGUUACGAUCUUGGAGAUGAAGAUCAUCCUUUGCAUUCUCUAGCAGUUGAGAUUGAAAAAGGAUUUCGUGGACGAGUAACUGCGGAAAAUAUGAUAGAAAUUAUUCAACGUGAAAAUGAUCGUAGUGGCAAUGAAUGUUUGAUUAUUUUUUUCUCCGUUUUAUUGAAUCUUGCUCGAAAAACAUUCAGCCACAACUUCGCAGCUUUAACUAAAUAUUACAUUACUUUCAAAAAAUUGAUUGGUGAAAGUGAAGAGUUGCAACUUUUAUUACUGCAAACACUUUACGAUGUCUGGAAAUUGAACCAUCAGAUGGUGAUUGUUAUUACGACAAAAUUGCUUAAAAUGUCAGUUAUUGAUGCAAGCUCCGUGGCUGCUUGGAUAUUCAGUGAGAAAAUGAAGGUAGAGUUUCUGAGGAUGUGGAUAUGGGAGCUGUUAUGCAUUGCUUUAGAUCAUGUUACUGGUGAAUUAAAUCGCGUGCGAUCUCAAAUUGAAAAAUUGAGGAAUAAAAUGGAUUACCAUUCAGAUGAGCAGAAUCGAGAUGAAGGUGACUUCAGUGAUAAGGAAAAAGAUGAAGAGAAUAAUGAUGAUGGUAAUAUUGAGGAUCUUCCGGCAAGAGAAACGGAAGCUGCGAGUUUGCAAGAAUGUUUAAAGAAUUUGCUACUAUACAUUCUUCACAAGUUCAUUAUAUUAAUGUCUGAACACAUAGUCAACAGCGAAAUGAACGGAAGUGAUAUUGAAACAAGUUGGUUUGUUUACAUCGAUGGGCGAUUACAAAAUGUUUUUCAACGAGUGAAGUUUUGGUGUAUUUAUAUAAAUUAA